AUGUAAUAUAAGUAAGGCUUAAUAUAAUACUUUUAUAGUGGAGUGUAAUAAUAGAUCCAUCUAAGAAGCUAAUCAAAUAAUGAGAUAUUGAAUAGAGAGACAAUUAAUUAAAAUAAAGAAACAGAUACAAGUCAUUCAUUUGAAUUUAAAGACUUUUAAUAGCCAUAAUCUUCAACAAGAUUAACCGAUUUUUGGGUGGCUGUGUGUUUAGAAGAAGUUGACGCAGCUCCUUGUUAACAAUAUUUCAGAUAUCUUCAUUGUAAAGCAUGGUAGAAGAAAGAAAAAAUUCCUAAAUUUUAUGAGAAAUUAUCAAAUCGAAUCUAGCUAAAUCUGUGA